AUGCUGCUGCUGCUGAGUGUGCUGGUGGCCUCGGCCUUCUGCCUGCUCGGUACGCGUGCUGCUUCUCGGGAAGCCGAUGGAUUUGUCACGUGCACGUCGGUGGUUAAGCUUAAAAACAACCAGGAUGGAGUUCGACUGCAUUCACAUGACGUGAAGUACGGUUCGGGCAGUGGUCAGCAGUCGGUGACAGCAGUCCAGGACGGCGACGAUGUGAAUUCAUACUGGCAAAUACUCGCUGGUCAGUUCCCUUCCUCCACUGAAUAA